GCGGGUUUGCAGCGAUUGCUGUUGUUGUUGAUGGUGGUUGUGGUGGUGGUGUUGUGCGUGUCGCCCAGUCUUGGUGCUGCAGGAGCACCGCACCGGCCCUGGUCCGUGCAGCAUUGGCAGGAGCGUGGGCAGAGGGCGGCAGCGUCUGACGCGUCCAUCCUGAAGAUGGUGGCGCAGCUUGAGGAGCUGGCGCAGGAGCACGCUGGUGGCGAGCCCGCGCUCAUUGCCCGCUUGAAACAGAGCCUCGUCCUCCCCGCAUGGACUUCCAACCAGCACCGCAACAGCAGCAGUGGGCAGCCGUCGUCAUCGCUAGGGCAGCCGCGAGCAGGGCCCACCUUUCCGUUGCGGCCAGAUCAACGCUUCAACGACAUGAUCCUGUCGCUGCUGCCGGCAGCCAUCAACGCCCACGUGUUUGAGCUCGCGGCUCAUGCGCUGUGCAUGCAGCUGGAUGCCUUCCCGGAGCAGAUCAGCACGUGGUUGGAUGCAGGACAGCUACUGCAGAUGACGGGGCGCACCUCCCAGUCUGUGCUGCUGCUGGAAGCGCUGGUGCAGCACCACCACGACCACGCAACCCAAAGUGACAUCCGGCCCUGGCAGCGCCGCACGCAGCUGCAAGACGACGCAGCGUACGCCCUGCACAACCUCAUCAUCAGCUACGCCCACCUGCGCGACGAGGAAGGCAUGCAGCGCGCAUUCCGCGACCACGCCGCCUUCUUCCGUGUUCCUUGGCCGUCACCAACUCAGAUCCCAAUGCACUACGCUCCAAGUCUCACCGCCAAGCCGUUCCACAACCCGCGCGCGAUCCCAGAUCUCGUGCGCCUGGAGGCUGCGUUUCCAGCCAUCUUGGAUGAGCUGACUGCAUACCUUCAGCAGCACACGGUGGACACGCUGCGGGCUGAUCACGGCCUGGCGGCGAACGACGGCGACUGGACAGAGGUUCUGCUGUGGGACUCGGGGCAAUUCACGGACAAGUGUGCACACUUUGGGCACACCUGUGACGUCCUCCAACACAUGCCCAUGCUGACUGGGCAGGUGGAAGGGCGUUGGCUGUCGGGGCAAGCGACCAUCUUCCGGCUUGCUCCAGGAGCGCAUCUCAGGGCACAUACGGGUUCAACCAACACGCGGCUGACCGCACACCUUGGCCUCAUUGUCCCACCCGGACCACAGCUCAUCGUCAACAACACCGCUGCCACGUGGGAGGCCGGGAAAGUGAUACUGUUUGAUGACUCGUUCAUCCACGAGGUGUACCACUUUGGCACGGAGCCGCGUUACGUGCUGUAUUGCAGCGUGUGGCACCCCGACAUUGCCCGCGCACAUCAGCUCCUCACCAACAACGGCAGUUAA